UGUCAUAAGGGACGGAGCUUAGCAUCAAAAUCAAAACAUUGGAAUUUAACGCCGUGUAUUUCUGUUUGAAGCUGCUUUGUUUGGCUGGAGGAGCGUCAGAAUCGAGGCCAGAAAUACACCCACAUUCCACGUCCCCCCCGCACCACGACCCUUGCUGGUUUCUGGGGGUCGCAGGGUGAGAGAUGGAUCCGGUGGUACUCCAAUACGAAAACGUCUGGCUGCGGCGCUCGGACGUCUCUCUGCUGGAGGGCCCUCACUGGCUGAACGAUGAGAUCAUCCGAUUUGCCUUCCAUUACUUUGUCAACGACUGCUUCCAGCUUCUGAGCCUGAUGACGGUCUUCAUCGGGCCCAUGAUCACAGAACUGAUCAAGUUCAGCACUGACACCAAAGAACUCUUUAUGUUCCUCAAGCCGCUGGCUCUGCCCUUCAGGCAGUGGAUCUUCCUCGCCAUCAACAACAACUCCCGCAACACUCCAGGCGGCAGCCACUGGAGCCUGCUGCUCUACCACCGUCCCUCCAACAAGUUCAUCCACUACGACUCCCGCAGAGCCACCAACGCCAUCCACGCGAGGCACGUGGCCAUGAGGCUGCUGCCCUUUCUGGCCUGCAAGGAGGGCGUGAUGUUUGAGGAGCACCAGUGUCCUCAGCAAAGCAACAACUAUGACUGCGGCAUGUACGUCAUCUACAUGGCCGAGCUCUUGUGUGAGCAGGCCAUGGAAGAGAAGGAGCCCCUCGUUCCCAUCCAGAACAUCACCGCUGACUCUGUCACAGAGAAGAGAGCGGAGUGGCUCAAACGGAUCCACGCCUUGAUGGAGAGGGCGUCCAGUCCUGCUGAAGAGAAGUCUAUUCAGAAGAGUGAAUAAAUGAUGUGGAGUACAUCUGUCUGUAGCCGCCGUCGUCAUUAUCGCUCAGGAAACCCCUUUAUUUGACUCAGUGUUCUUUAAGGUUGGACUGUGCCGACUUGUUCACAGCCUGAGCAUGAGGGUCAACUGACAAAAGUCAAAGGUCGAGGGAAUGAGCUCCACCAAAGGAGAAAAUCAAUCUUCUGUAAAGAACAACGUUGUAAUUGUAAUUCAAUUACUGGCCAUUUAAUCCAGCACAGUCCUGCUUUAACUCCUGGUACAGAUAGAGUGAGCCAAAGGAUUGAGUCCAUGUGUUCCUGAAACAUUUCCAUCAGGGCCAUGGCAGCAGGGGACGAACCUUCUCCUCACAUCAAAACUCUAUUUUGAGUUCUCAUUCCAGCAAGUGGAGCCAGUUGUGACCA